CAUGGCAGUAUAGCACAUGUUUUAAGUCAGAGCUAUGGUCAGUACAGCACCUUGAUUGUGGACUUGAUGAAAACUGGAACCUGGAGCGAGAUCGAGAGACCCCAAGUGACCCUUCUUGCGCCGACCAAUGCAGCGUUCAGCAGCCUCCCGACGGUCUACCGAAACAACCUUGACAAGCAGGCCAAUUUUCUGAAGAGCACAAUGAUGUACCACAUCUUGGACGGCAUCCACGGCCCCGAUUCCCUGCAUCAGAACGACAUGCUCACCUCCCUAGAGGGACACCGCAUCCACGUCUCCAUGCAGAACGGUCACGUGCACCAGUUCAACAGGGUCAGCAUCAUGAACGUGCUUCAUACCACCAACGGCGUCAUCUACGUCCUGAACGGAGUCCUUCACCUUCCAAGCAGCCCUAUUGUAUGAAGUAGAGCAGAAGUAACCUGUGAAAGAGUGUGAGUGAGUUUAGUUUUACGCCGCACUCAGCAAUAUUCCAGCUAUAUGGCGGCGGUCUGUAAAUA